AUGCACAAGGAUAUCAAAGCUUGGACAUGGGCUUACCUGAGCUGUCAACGGAACAAUGUCCACCGGCACAACAAGGCAUCCAUUGGCACCUUCCCCGGCCAAAGUGAAAGGUUCAGUCAUAUCCACCUGGGCAUCAUAGGCCCCCUGUCUCUGUCUAACGGUGGCUUCUACCUUCUCACCUAUGCGGAUCGAUUCAUCCGGUGGCCGGAGGCUAUCCCUCUCCCCAACAUGGAAGCAACCACGGUGGUCAAGGCCUUCCUCAGUCGUUGGGAUGCCAUCUACGGCGCUACAUCCACUAUCACGACUGAUCGCGGUGUCGAAUAG